UUGCUUGCUGCCACGUCUCAGCUUAGUUAUUGUGGUCUAGUGUAACUGAGUCUUAGUUGAUCCCGGGUUGCGUGUGAAGCGGAUACAUAAAAAGCUAAAUUCUGGCGAUUAAUUUCACAGUUCCUAUUUGAUUUGACCCGUUUCCGUGGAAACGCAGUACGUUGUACUGUAAGGCUUUGGACCUCCAUCGACUACGAGAGAAGAAAAAUGGACACUACAAUCCCAUCGACUUUGCAUGAUAUCAGCCCUGAUCCCAAAAGUCAUUCUGAUGGAAAUGGGCUGGGGAAUCCAUCUGUGCCUCCUUCUGCAAUGACUUAUGAUGAUAUUUUCCCUGGUUUACCCGAAACAGCUAUUGGUGUCCGUACUGAUUGCACUAUAGGAAAAUGGAACAACAAGUUGCGUGUGAGUUCACGUAAUGUAACCCAGGUAUUCCACAUACCACCGGAAGAAAGGCGAGUUGAUUCAUCUAAUAAAUUUGGAGAAGGAGACUUGCUUAAAACAUGUGCUGACAUCAUGCAAUCCACUGGCGCAACAAUUGAAACAUCAUAUGCUAAAGACCAAUCUUUGACAUUUGUUGUUAUUGGCAAGCAAGAUUCAGUGUUAGAAGCCAAGCGCGAAAUUUUGAAACGGUUCCAAACUCAAUCUUCAUCGGCUGUAGAAAUCCCCAAAGAGUAUCAUGGCUUUAUUCUCGGUAAAGGUGGUGUAAAGCUCAAGGAAUUAGAAAAACAAACUGCCACAAAAAUUACCAUUCCUAAAGAAACUGAAUCCUCUGGAAGAAUUGUUGUUACUGGACCCAAAGAAGGCAUUGAAAAAGCACUGCAUGAAAUCCAGAUGAUAUCUGACGAACGAUCGAAACAGGCCUAUGAGAGAUUAGAGAUACCGAAAAUUUAUCAUCCUUUUAUCACCGGAGCGCACAACGAAACAAUCAAAUCAUUAACGGAAGGGUCGGGAGUUAAAGUUAACAUUCCCCCGCUGAGUGUGCAAAAGGACGAAAUAUCAAUCGCGGGAGAGAGAGAUGGUGUGCUAAAAGUCAAACAUGCAAUCAUUCAGAUUUACGAAGAGAUGAAACGGAAAUGUGCCACAGUCAGCGUUGAGGUACGCAAGUCUCAGCACAAGUACGUAAUUGGUCCGAAGGGCGCUGGAAUAGCUGAAAUUUUGGCAGAAAGCGGUGUCAGCGUGGAAAUGCCACCAACUGAUUCGGAUAAAGAAACUAUUACACUCAGGGGUCCCCAAGAAAAGCUCGGCAUUGCGCUGACCAAAGUAUACGAGAAAGCCAAUUCGGUCUGCACAGCCGAAAUUUUGGCCCCAUCGUGGAUUCAUCGGCAUAUAAUUGGGAAAAAAGGCGCUGGAAUUCGGGCUAUUACGCAGGAUUACCCAAAGGUCCAUGUGGAGAUGGAAGAUAAAGCUGAUAAAAUAAUUGUUGAAGGACCUGUUGAGGAGGUAGAAAGGGUUCGCGUUGCCCUGCAAGCCAACGUCGAAGAUUUGCUCAGCAAACUUACAUUUGCCGAUAUCGUUGUCGAUCCCAAGUAUCACAAACAUAUCAUAGGAAAGGGUGGAUCAAAUGUCAAUCGUUUAAAAGAAGAAACGGGCGUAACAAUCAAUAUCCCUGAUGAGCGAUCGUCUACUAUCCGCAUCGAGGGAACACCUAAUGGUGUCAAUCAGGCCAAAGCAGAACUUAUGGAAAUGGUUACCAAGAUGGAAAAUGAAAGAGAAAAGGAUAUUUUGAUUGAACAUCGCUUUCAUAAAAAUAUCAUUGGUGCUAAAGGCGAGAAAAUUCGUGAAAUUCGAGAUAUGUUUCAUCAGGUACAAGUUACCUUCCCUGAUUCUUCUGAAAAAAGUGACGUUGUCAAAAUUCGCGGACCGAAACAAGAUGUUGAUGCUACGUAUAAAUAUUUGCAAAAACUAUAUAAAGAAUUGCUAGAGUCUUCCUAUUCAGUAAAGGUACCCAUCUAUAAAGAGUUUCACAAAAAUGUGAUAGGGAAAGGUGGUGCGAAUAUUCGAAAAAUUCGCGAAGAGACAAGCACUCGGAUUGAUUUACCUCCUGAAGGUUCAGACUCGGACAUGAUAGUCAUAACCGGACGGAAAGAAGAUGUUGAGAAAGCUAGAGACCGAAUUUUGAAGAUUCAAAGUGAAUUGGUGAGCAUUAUUGCUGAAGAUGUUGAGAUUCCUGCCAAAUAUCAUCAAUCUUUUAUUGGUGCCGGCGGCAAGUUGAUUCAGUCAAUCAUGGAAGAUUGCGGAGGAGUUCAAAUCAAAUUUCCUCCGUCCGAAAGCGGCUCAAAUAAAGUUUUAAUUCGUGGCCCCAAAGAAGAAGUGGAAAAAGCAAAGAAAACUUUAAUUGAAAUGAGCAAUGAAAAGAACUUGACAGGGUACACCGAAACAAUACGCUCUAAACCUGAGCAUCACAGGUUUUUAAUAGGAAGGAAUGGCUCUAACAUCCGAAAAAUUCGCGAAUUAACCGGAGCUCGUAUCGUCUUUCCUUCGGAUUCCGAAGCCAACAAUACGAAGGAACGAGACAUAAUCACAAUCGUCGGCAGAGAAGAUGCCGUGAAAAAAGCUCGAGAAGAGUUGGAGAAUCGAAUCAAAGAACUCGAUAGCGUUGUAGAGCUGGAGAUGCAUGUUGAGCCCAAGUACCAUCGUCAUUUCGUUGCCCGGAGAGGUGAAAUUCUGCACGAGAUUUCCGAUCAAUACGGAGGAGUAACUGUUUCAUUCCCUCGUUCCGGAGUUGAUUCUGAUCGUGUUGUCCUUAAAGGUGCCAAAGAGUGUGUUGAAGCAGCAAGACAUCGCAUUGAAGAGAUAGUCAAUGAUCUAGAGCAGCAAGUAACAAUAGAUUGUGUGAUACCUCAGAAGUUCCAUCGCACAAUAAUGGGAUCGAAAGGAACGCGUGUCCAAAACAUAACGACGGAGUUUGACGUCAAAAUUAAGUUUCCAGAGAAGAGCCCUGUCGACACAGAACUUGAUCAUGUGAACGGACAGCAGCCAGAAGGGGAAUCAGCAAUUGAUGAUGCUCCCAAAGCAUGUGAUGUAAUUCGCAUUACAGGCCGCCAGGAUAGAUGUGAAGCCGCGAAAAACGCGUUGAUUGCUUUGGUGCCGAUCACUGUCGAAGUUUCCGUUCCCUACGAUUUGCAUCGCUACAUCAUUGGUCAAAAAGGAAAAGAUGUGCGUGAAAUGAUGACAACUCAUGACGUUAACAUCAAGAUACCUUCGGCCGAACAGCAAAGUGAAGCUAUACAAAUCUCCGGCCCGGCUGCGAAAGUAGAAGCUGCUCGCCAAGCUCUUCUAGAUCGCGUAACUGAACUGGAAAAAGAGCGCGAAGAUCGUGUUUUAAGAAACUUCGCUGUGCAUGUGGAAGUUCCACCGGAGUACCAUUCGAAGAUCAUCGGGAAAAAGGGGGCAGUCAUCUCUAAACUUCGAGAUGAUUUCCAAGUUAACAUAACUAUGCCGAAACCAGAAGAUCCUAAUCCGCAGCUGAUAACUAUUAAAGGCUACGAAGAAAAUGCCAAUCAAGCGAAAGAAGCCGUUCUCAAAAUGGUUCAAGACCUUGACGACCUAAUAAAGCAAGAUCUACCAAUUGAUCAGCGCGUCCAUUCACGUCUAAUUGGUCGACGAGGUCGUAAUAUCCGACAGGUUAUGGAUCAAUACAAGGUUGAGAUACGAUUCCCAUUCGAGGGCGGCGAUCCUGAUAUUGUCACAAUUAUUGGCCGUGAAGAAAAAGUUCAAGAGUGUGCGGAUUACUUGCUGAAUCUUGUUGAGGAAUACAUGCAAGAUAUCGAUGACAACGAUUCAUCGCAGCAAUACCUGAGAGCUCCGAAACAAGAAGGGCAAUACAAUCAGCGCAAUCCAGGACAGCCAGGCUUUAUCGUGGCCGGUGCGCCUUGGGAGCAGCAGGCUCCACCGCAUCAAGGUCAGCAACGGGUACCAGUUGUAGCUCCGAACACAGCUAGUAAUGAGGAGUUCCCAUCGUUUGGGAAGGCUGGACCUAAUACACCUUCUGGUGGUGCACCUCAUUGGGGACCGAGGCGUUAAAGUUGCUUCCUGUGGUAUCUCUACCUUGACGAGUUAGGAUUUUUGUUCGGAAAUCCUGAAAAUGGGCCUUUUUCAACCCUGUCCAAACAGUUUUCCCUCGUAUAUGUCCAUUUCUUUGAUAAAUGCUAGAUGUAUGUAGUAUCGCUUCGGUAGAUGGGGUCUUCACCGUUCCACACGAAUGACCUGCAGCCUUUUCUCCGACCCAUCAUUCAAUGAAGUUAUAUUCUCAAGCUGAUGGAACCGUUAUCUUAACCUACCUAACCAUUUUCUGGGUACCGUGGAGGCAGAUAUAUAUAUCUUUUUUGUUAAUUUGCCUGUGGGUUGGCAGAAAUGCUGCUUUGCUCGUAAAAUUAUGUCAAAGUUCUCUUGAUUUACAUUUAAAGGGGACUUUUCAAGAAAAGUAGGUUUUUUUUUCAUUUCUGCGUGGACCACGUUGCCUUAUAUGCGUCUUAUUGGUUAGCUCGGAAAUGAGGGAUUUCUACCGUUCAAUAAGACUUAAGCUCUCGGUAAUACGGAGUAAACCUCUGUUACGGGAUUGGGAUUCAUCCAGAAAACUGGAAGAACAGUUUGCUUAGAGCCGGUACAAAAAUAUAACCUGGAAACGGAUCAGUUUGCUGAUUUGCUUCCCUACCCCCACCAACCCCGCCCAUUCUCAAAUCAUCUAUAGUCCAAACGUUUUUGGAUUUCACUUGUUUAGUUUUGACACCUGAUGUAAUAGUGUCAGUUGAUGAAUAUUACUUGGAGAUGUACAAGGCAUAUUCUGAUAUCGUAACUAUGCUGCAAAAGAUUGUUAUGGACUUAUUACUUUACGGUGACAGUUCUAUACGCUGAAGUUGAAUACACUUAUAAAAAUGGGAC